CGUCAUAUUUUUCUGUUUUGAGCUGUCGAACUGGAAAAAAGCGAGUAGUGAUUCAGUGCUCUGUGCUGUGCUGUGGAGUAGCGAAACACGAAAAUCCACCAUAUUAAUAGUUCCUUUCAUUUUCUAGUCAUUGCGUUUUUUUUACCAAGUAUUAUUUCCAAUAGUGCCAUUCGUUGGAGUCGAGUCUUCAUUACCCCACAAGUGUUUCGUUUCUUGUUUUUGCACCCGAUCGAGUUGGGAACGACGAAAACAAACCAGUUACUCUUAUCACAAGAAGGGAACUUAUAAUGGUUCUAUUGUUUUGAGUAACAGUAAUUUUUCGUUGGCUGUUCGAUAAAAAAUUGUGCUUCGAUAAGGUAAACAGCAGCAGCUGGAACCGCCUCUGGCUGGGCGUUAAGUAUACAGCUUGAAGGUUUGUGGGUUUCGGUGCACCGAACAUGUUUUGCAAUUGUUGCCAAUCGAUCGAGCACGGUGGUGGCAGUUCGGUCUGGCUGAAUUAAGCAAGAAGUUUUGUUUGCUGCUUUAUUGCGUAGAGAAGGGGUUGUUACCCACGUGCCUGAGCGGCAAUGUUCGCGUCGUUGAAAAAUAAGAUCAAGGAGGAAACCGGAAGCGAUGUUACGUCACUGCCUUCGAGAAGCUCGAUCCAAAGUGGGAUACCGUCGGGUGGACAGCGCUUUCAGCGAAGCAGGCCUGAGUCCUUCACCAGUAUGGCCUCGAUGGACGAGCUUAGUCUGUUCGAGCAGCAGGAGGCAGAACUGAGUGCCACAAGGAUUCAACUGCAGGAACUAGCCUGCCAGUAUAAUGAGCUUCGUGAGCAAGCACGUUCCCUGGAGGAUGAUAAAACUCGGCUGGAGGAUGCUAAUAAGUUACUGGAGGAGUCACUGAAGGUAGCGCAGGUGCAGAAGGAUUUGCUCUGCGAGGAGCAGGAUAAAAUACAAAACCUGCAGCAGCAGGACAUCUCGAAGCUGCGAAGUAUGCUAUUGUUUCGGGAACAGGAAGCGGUGGAUCGAAUUUCUCACCAGAAGGCAGCCGAGCAGCAAGUGGAAAGUCUGAAGCAGGAACUCAGUCGCUUACGCGACAUUGAACCUAUGGUGGAAGAUUUACAGGAUGACUUGGAAAACCUCCGACAUUCGUCUUCCAUCGAAAAGAACAAUCUUCUAUCGACACUAGCCGCGGUUAAUGAGGAAAAUCGACACCUCAAUAGUCGCAUUCAGGUUUUGGAAGAGAGUCGUGCUUCGCUGACUUCCGGUGAUACAGAUGAGAGGGUGAAAUCAUUGUUACAAGAGCGAAAACUUCUGGAACAACGUCUUGAGGAGGCUCACUUGCAUCUGUCUGACAUCAAAAGCAGCUGGAGUAAUCAGAACUUGACGUUAGAAACCCAGGUGAAUCGUCUGUCCCGCCAGGUGGCAGAAGAGACCACCGAAAAGCACAAAGCACUUAAACAGAGGGACGAUCUAAUCGAGAAAGGCAAACAGCUUGAGUUUGAGCUGGAAAAGGCUCGAGAUGAGGUUGCUCAGAGAGAUAACAAGAUAAAACUUAUGAGUGAAGAGAUAGACGAGUUGAAUUCAGCAUUACGGGAGGCCCGCGAACAGCAUGAGGAGGAAGUAACGUUUAUGAACAGUAAACUCGAGCACUUGCAGACGGAUCUGAACAGUAUCAAAAUCAACCUGGCCGAAACCGAGCAGAGAUUACUGGAUUCGCUGGAGGGUUCUGACAAGUCGUUGAAUAGUUACAAAUUACAAAUCACUCAGCUGGAGAAUAGCGUUGGCGAACUCAGCAAUCAAUUAUCUUUAGAGAAACAAGAAAAGAUAGCAAUCCUCAUGAAUAAUGCCGAACUUUCACAGAAGGAGGAAAUCCUGCGACAGGAACUGCGUCAGGAGCAAGACGAAUCACAAGAACUUCUUGAACGAACUGCGCUACUUCAAAGGGAACUGGAUAAAAAAAUAAGUACCGUCAACGAACUUCGAAAGCAGAUUGAUGAACUGAUGAGCACAAAUCUUGAGCAGAAUGCUAAACUGGCUUCACUAGAUAGUUUGCACGUCGAGCUAGUCGAUAAAAAUAAGAUUAUAAAAAUUCUCAACCAACGGUUAGUAGACAUGAAAAAAACGUUGCAAGAGGAGAUCAAUAGUAACAACAAUAACGGUGGCAGUGCUACCGGAAAUACCACUAACCAUUAUUCAAACAAUCCCGAAAAGGAACUGGAACACAUUGCUUUCAGAGAUAAAUCGGAGACGCCCGUAGGUAUCGGUAGACAACAUUCGAACGGUGCCAUUGGUCACAGUCAUCCUCAUGUUAACCAUAACGGAACACAGAAGAAUGCCACUGGCGCUGCCCGGGGAACCAUUGUGAUGGAUGAAGUAAACUUUCGUUAUUUGAAACAUGUGAUAAUCAAGUUUCUUACCAGUAGAGAGGUUGAAGCACGACAGCUGGUGAAAGCCGUUGCGACGCUUUUGCAGUUGACUUACGAGGAGGAAAGGCUUCUGCAGGAAACAUUGACGUGGAAGAAGAGCUGGUUUGGCAGCCGCCCCGGUCAACACUCACAGAUCUCCGUAUCAACGAUACCACCAAGCUAAAAACAGAAUCCCAGUAAACCUAGUACCAUUGUGGUUAAGCUAACUAUUCUAGACAAACGCAUACGCACUGAAGAUCAUAACGCUACAUUCAUAUAUAAAAAGAUAAAUAAUUUUAUGAUUAUGUGCAAAAGAUUUCCCUCUUAGUAAAAUAGUCCCCGCUCUAGUAGCAGAAAAAAAGAAAAACGGUUAGAUAAAAGUUACAAUAGAAACAAUCAAUUUGGAGGAAAAUAGAAAUAGAUCACACAGACACACACCUAAGUAGUGAGUAUACAAUUCCAAAGUCGACGACUUUAUAUACCAAAAAAUAUCUUAACUAUCGAAAAAGUUUUCUCGGAGAAUAGAAUCUUGUUGCUAAAGCAUUAGAAUUGCUUCGCCAAAGUAUACAUUAAAUCGUUAAAUGUGUGCCCUUUUAGUUUGAUCUAGAUCAUGUAUUAUUAUCUUUUGUUAUCGAUAAUGUUAUCUACACUAGUUUUUCUUUAUACAUACCUUUGAUUAAGUUUUUUAAAGUCUAUGUUUUCCACCUCCUGGGGUGGGUUUCCAUUAAAGCUGUGAUUUUUCGUUGCACUAAUUGACUUUUCACAACAUGACAUGCAUUUGAAGUUAGUACCAUUAUUAGCCUUCCCUUUCAUAGUAGUUAAAACAACAAAUUGUAAUCUAGUGAGAAUUUAUACACCGCAAUGAUUAAGUAAAUACAUUCAACUGAAUUUUGCUAAUGAUUAAAA